GUGUUAUGAAAUUAUGUGUGGUCACUAGAUUGAAUAUAUACAUAGAUCCAAAUAAACAAGGUCAAAAUUAAUAUUCUAACUAAAAUUAUUUGUGUCAUAUGGAUUUCUCAGUUUUGCUUAACUGUCUUUUCAGGUGGAAUCAAAUUCAUGAUCAUGGUACAAGUCAUUUAUGUGUAAUAGAUCUUGAGAGAAAUGCCAUUUCCAUGACUACUACUGUAAAUUCAUAUUUUGGUUCAAAGAUCCUUUCACCAAGGACUGGAAUAGUACUGAACAAUGAGAUGGAUGAUUUUUCCAUGCCUAGAAAUGUUUCCGAGGAUACCCCACCACUAGCUCCUGCUAAUUUCAUCAUGCCAGGAAAGCGGCCACUAUCAUCCAUGUCACCAACUAUUGCCCUCAAGAAUGGGAAGCUAAAAGCUGUAGUAGGUGCAAGUGGAGGUGCUUACAUUAUUGGUGGAACUUCAGAGGUUCUUUUGAAUCACUUCAGUAAAGGAUUGGAUCCUUUUUCUUCUGUAACGGCUCCAAGGGUCUAUCAUCAGGUAUCUUAAACUUUUAANUUGUUUCCCCUGACUCUGACUGAUAAGCUCUGGUAUGCACAAACUGAUAUAAACUA